AUGACUACUCAAGGACCAAUGGCCCCAGGGCUGUCGAUUACCCGCGACUGGGCAGGCGAAUAUUCAGACGACCGUCUGCAUAGCAUCACGUCUGGUACGAGUGCUACACCUUUAACUCAGGCGCCGACACAACAUUCGGCACAUUCUACCAACUCUGAACUCUCGCCUCAUCGGACAUCAUCAAGCGCCCAACGAAAGCGAUCGAUACUCGGCCUGCACCCUCAAGCACCCAUUGAUGAGGAGCAUGAUUGUGGCCCCGCUUCCGAGUUGCUAUGGUCGCGUAUAAGAACCGUAAUGAGAGAGCCGUUCGCGGAGUUCUGGGGCACCGCUGUCAUGGUGAUGUUUGGCGAUGGAGCGGUCGCGCAGGUCUUGCUAUCAACAGGACAAACGACUGCUCCGGGUGGCAACGGCUUUGGACAGUAUCAGUCCAUAAACUGGGGCUGGGGCCUGGGUGUCAUGCUCGGGCUGUACGUAGCCGGCGACUCUGGUGCAUAUCUCAACCCAGCAAUUACUCUCACCAACUGCAUAUAUCGCCAGUUGCCAUGGCGGCGGUUCCCGAUGUACUUCGCGGCGCAGAUGCUUGGUGGUUUCGUCGGAUCCGGUAUCGUGUACGCAAACUACAUUAGCUCCAUCGACUGGUUCGAGGGCGGGAAGAUGCGGACAGUGCCUCCUGCUGAGAAGGCUACUGCAGCCAUAUUCUGCACCUACCCACAGCCGUUCCUUACAAAGACAAGCCAGUUCUUCUCGGAGUUCAUCGCAAGUACUUUAUUGAUGUUCGUCAUCUUCGCGUUGAAGGAUCCAAGCAACAAUGGAGUCCCAAAGUCUGAUAAAUGGUUUCCUCUCUGCUUAUUCUUCCUCAUCUUCGGUCUCGGAUCCUGCUUCGGCUGGCAGACAGGUUAUGCAAUCAAUAUUGCUCGUGAUUUCAGUCCAAGACUGAUGUCGUAUGCUGUUGGCUAUGGGCAUGAGGUGUGGUCCGCUGGCGGCUACUACUUCUGGAUCCCCAUGGUAGCACCGUUCCUUGGCUGUACAUUCGGUGGUUUCCUUUACGACAUUUUCAUCUACACAGGUCCUAGUCCUAUCAAUUCGCCAUGGUUGGGUUUGAAGCAGCUCACGCCUGGUAACGCAAUGCGAGCGAGAAGAAAGCACAUAAGGAGAGAAAAAGAAGAAGGGAUCGUAUGA